CCACUUGGUCUCUCAAAGUCCAUGCUCGUGGCGUAAUCUCUCUUCUUCGUAUCGGAAUCAUCGAGAUAAAAGUGAAGAUGGCGACGAUGGAGAGCUUGAUCGGUUUGGUUAACAGGAUACAAAGAGCAUGCACUGCACUCGGCGAUUAUGGCGGCGGAAACAACGCUCUCUCUUCUCUCUGGGAAGCUCUUCCUUCUGUAGCCGUCGUCGGUGGCCAGAGUUCUGGAAAGUCUUCUGUCCUAGAGAGCAUUGUCGGAAGAGAUUUUCUCCCUAGAGGAUCUGGUAUUGUUACGAGGAGGCCUUUGGUGUUACAGCUACUUAAGACUGAACAUGGAACAGAUGAAUACGCAGAGUUUCUCCAUCUUACCAAUAAGAGAUUCACCAACUUCUCUUUGGUUCGUAAGGAGAUUCAAGAUGAGACUGACAGAAUCACUGGGAAGAACAAACAGAUCUCUCCAGUUCCUAUUCACCUCAGUAUCUUCUCUCCCAAUGUUGUGGAUCUUACUCUCAUUGACUUACCUGGUUUGACUAAAGUUGCUGUUGAAGGACAGCCAGAAACUAUAGCUGAAGAUAUUGAAUCCAUGGUUCGCUCAUAUGUAGCAAAGCCAAGCUGUCUUAUACUAGCAAUAUCUCCUGCCAACCAAGACAUAGCCACCUCUGAUGCGAUCAAGCUCGCCAAAGAAGUGGAUCCAACAGGUGAUAGAACGUUUGGAGUUUUGACAAAGUUAGACUUGAUGGACAAGGGAACUAAUGCAUUGGAUGUUAUAGAAGGAAGAUCAUACAGGAUGCAGUACCCUUGGGUUGGGAUAGUGAACCGUUCACAAGCAGAUAUUAACAAGAAUGUUGAUAUGAUGGUUGCAAGAAGGAAAGAGCGAGAAUAUUUUGAAACCAGUCCUGACUAUGGUCACUUAGCUAAUAAAAUGGGUUCAGAAUAUCUCGCAAAGAUGCUCUCUAAGCUCUUGGAAUCUGUUAUAAGGGCACGUAUUCCAAACAUCAUAGCCUUGAUAAACAGAAGCAUCGAGGAACUUGAAAGAGAGCUAGACCAAUUGGGUAGGCCUAUCGCCAUUGAUGCUGGAGCUAAACUAUACAACAUCUUGGGAAUGUGUCGUGCAUUUGAAAAGAUAUUCAAAGAACAUUUAGAUGGCGGGCGUCCUGGAGGUGCACGGAUAUAUGGAAUCUUUGACUACCAACUUCCAGGAGCCAUUAGAAAGCUUCCUUUCGAUCGUCAUCUUUCGUUGGAAAGUGUUAAGAGGAUUGUCUCACAGUCUGAUGGCUAUCAACCUCAUUUGAUAGCUCCAGAAAUGGGUUAUCGUCGUCUCAUUGAAGGAUCCCUACAUCUUUUUAGAGGUCCAGCUGAAGCUUCUGUGAAUGCUGUUCACAGUGUCUUAAAAGAGCUUGUCAGAAAAUCAAUAGCAGAAACUGAGGAGCUUAAACGGUUUCCUUCACUACAAACUGAGCUAGCUGCUGCGGCAAACUCAUCUCUAGAGAAGUUCCGUGAAGAAAGCAUGAAGUCGGUUCUUAGGUUAGUCGACAUGGAAGCUUCAUAUCUAACUGUAGAUUUCUUUCGUAAGCUUCAUGUAAUGGACACACAAGGAAGCCAAAACACAUCUCUCUCAUUACCAACCACAGUAGAACAGAACGGUGAAAAACAGUUCAGAACGAUAGCUUCAAAUGUAGCCGGUUACAUCAAAAUGGUCGCAGAUACACUUGCUAACACCAUUCCUAAAGCCGUUGUUCAUUGCCAAGUCAGACAGGCGAAACUCGCCUUGCUCAAUUAUUUCUACACACAGAUGAGUCAGCGUCAGGGGAAACACUUGGGGCAGUUGCUAGAUGAGAACCCUGCGUUGAUGGAAAGGAGGCUACUGUGUGCAAAGAGGCUAGAGCUAUACAAGAAGGCUAGAGAUGAGAUUGAUGCAGCGGUUUGGCUUGGAUGAUGAAGUUAAGUCUCCAUGUGACAGAGUCAUGUGAUUAAGGGUUUCAUAUGUUAAAGAUAAUAUACAUAACCAACUAAGUCUUAUGUACCAAAGAAGAAGCAAUAUGAUUCGUUGCCUUGC